AUGGCUGAGAUUGUUGGUUUUACGGCAAGCAUUAUCGCUAUCGUGGAGCUGGUCAGAAAAGCGACCACCCUGAGUUACGAAUAUCUUCGCGGGGUAAGACGAGCGCCAAAGGACCUAGGAGAUCUUGUAUGCGAGCUAGGAACCCUUGGAAAAGUCCUGAUUUCGGUUCAACAUAUAGCAGACCAGAGUACCCAAAAGUUACACGUACUGCACUCACUCAGCCAUAAUAAUGGCCCAUUGCAUGGAAUUGCUACGGAGUUAAAUGCGGUCAUAUCAAAGCUUGAAUCUGCGAGUAAGACAGGGUUUAGAGGGUCCGUGGAAAGACUAAAAUGGCCUUUACAAGAGGCGGAAACAAUGCAACAUAUAUCGAGAAUCGAACGGUAUAAAUCAUUAUUCAUAUUUGCUUUGAGUGCUGAUCAAAUAUCGCUUUCAAAUGACCUCACGAAAAGCGUCCAGAAAACAGAACUCAACAUCCAACUAAUUGAAAAACUUACACAGAAUACAAUUAUAGGUGUUCGAGAUAUCAGCAACUUAGUCCAGGGCACAAACCUAUCUGUUGAAGCUGUCCAGAACAUUGUCGAGAACACGAGUCUUACACUAAACAAUAUCCGAACACUUGCAGAGGGGACCAGUUCCACCGUUCGAGACACGAAUUUUGUUGUUCAAGAUAUUAGGAGAGAUUUAAAUUUAGGUCGCACUAAUAGUGCCAUUAAAGAUAUAGAUACUCAACAAUGUGUGUGUGCUGGAUUGGUUAUCACCAGAACACUUUCACGGGCGGUUGCUUUGGGGCCAUGGUAUCCCGGGUGCCGGAAAAACAUUCCUAAGUUCUGCAGUGAUUGA